AUGGCCGCAGUGAUCAAGAACAAUGCAGAAGAUACAAAGCAGGCCGCCUUGUCCCCUAGACUCAAAGGCCGGGAAAAUGCGAAAGAUACUCUAUGUCGCAAUGUCACAAUAUACGGGAAAUGUCGCUAUGAAGAUAAAGGGUGUGCUUUCAAUCACACCGUAGAGAAGUCGGCGUCUGAGGGAGGACAAACUGAUAGUCAGUCGAAAAAGACACUCAACGUCGACUCGCCGAGUUUCACUCCUUCUUUCUUGUCUCCCAAUGGCGCCGCAGCUGCAGCCACCACGACUACCGCUACCAACACCACUACCUCCUCCACCAAGAAACAAACCACUGGCAUAUCUCCAAAGGCAGCAAGUGCUGCCCCGUUCAUGCCAAAAGCCAUCAUCUCCCGUGAGCAGAUGUCCAGUCUGUCGGAAUCAGACGACGCCGGUGGCUUACAACUUAUGCCAGGAUCGUCCAACUCUACUCCUCUUCGACAAGAUGCUAAAACUCCAGACUGGGCUCUGCCUGACGUCCAAGAGUUUGUGCCCCGGCGAGCUCAAGAACCGUCUCUGACAAAUGAAAGCGAGAUUUCGGUCCCUCACGCUUUUGAGACUUUCCAACCUAGCCAUACCCCGAAUCCAUAUCUCGAUCAUGGCAUUAAUGGUGCCACUUUCUAUCAAAAUCCCCCGGGUUUUCAGCAGCCAGUUCAAUACCACCAAUAUGCGCCUAUUGGGCAGUAUAACGCGGCUCUCACUCCAUAUCAGCGCACAGUGCAUGACCUUUUUAUCCCCAACGAUCUUCGAGAGGAAAUUCAGAAGAAAUCCGCAGCAGCUCUUCAGAUAUUACCAAAUUCGCAGCUACCCAGUCACAUUGAGAGUUACCACUCCCUUGUUCCCCUCGAUACAGCCCACAAAAGCUCUAAUAUCUUCGGCGGUUAUACUUCCUGGGUAUAUAAAGCCCAGUCAAGUGCCAACGGCCACUUCUUCGCCCUCCGAAGAAUUGAGGGCUUCCGUCUAACAAACGAACAUGCAAUCCGCGCAGGACAAGCUUGGAAAAAUAUCAUAAGCGCGAACGUUGUGCGGAUCGUCGACGUCUUCACGAAUCGCGGGUUCGGCGACUCAUCCCUCUUCAUCGCCACCGAAUAUCAUCCUCUCUCCAGAACUCUUUUGGAACACCAUCACCUUGGACAUUCAUACAAUCCACGACCCGCCCGCUCCACUAACAAAGACCAAGUCAGUGAGCCUGCUCUCUGGAGUUAUGUCGUGCAAAUUGCUUCUGCCCUGAAAACCAUUCACAACUCCGGCUUAGCGGCUCGGGUCCUGGACCCCAGCAAAAUCCUCGUUACUGGGAAGAAUCGCAUUCGCCUGAACGGUUGUGGCAUCCUCGAUGUGGUACAAUACGACACCAACACUCACACCCCUCUGGCCCAAGCCCAACGACAAGACCUCGCCAAUUUCGGCCUCGUCAUCCUUGCCGUCGGGUCGGGGUCACUCGAUGCGGGCCAAAAUUUUGCCCGCAGUAUGGACACGUUCAAACGCUAUUUCAAGCCCGAUCUCCAAAACGCCGUGGUGUGGUUAUAUUCUGCACUGCAGAACUCGGAGAAAACAAUUGAUACAUUUGUCACUCUGAUCUCGAAUCAAAUGAUUACCACGUUUAACGCCGCUCUUCACACCGAUGAUGCACUAUAUUCUGAACUGUCUCGCGAAGUUGAGAAUGCGCGGCUGGUCCGCCUCUUGGCCAAAAUCAACUUCAUCACCGAACGACCUGAAUACAAUCAUGACCAGUCAUGGAGCGAGAACGGGGAACGCUAUUUCCUUAAGUUGUUCCGUGAUUACGUCUUUCACCAGGUAGACGCCCAAAAUCGGCCCGUCGUGGACCUGGGCCACGUCUUGACGUGUCUCAACAAAUUGGAUGUGGGCACGGAGGAGAAGAUCAUGCUGGUGAGUAGAGACGAACAGAGCGUGUUUGUGGUGAGCUAUCGCGAGUUGAAAAAAGGGGUGGACAGUGCGUUUCAGGAACUGGUAGCAAAGAGAGGAGGCCCUUUGCGAUAG